GCUGUCUGAACAUUUCAUGUUGGCAUGACAAGGUUUCUCUGUCGGGCGCGGAAGUGAGAUAAGUGACGUAGAUAGAGAGAGGAGAGAGAGAGAGCCAUGAAAAUUCGCAAGAGGUCCUAUAUUCAGCUUCAACAAGCAUGCCUAUUGUCUCCCUCCACAUCUCCUCCAUUUUCGCUCAUUUUCUCAGUCAUUCCCAAAAAAAGUCCCAAUUCCCUCUCUGCCAUUCCCUGUUUCCGCCUCAGUUUCCUUUCUUUCUGCAAUACCAUCCAAAUCCAUCACCCUCAACCCAAAUUCACAGCAAAUGCGAAUUCUCUAGGGUUUCCUUUUCAUCCAAACUCAUUUUUUGUCGCAUUAGUCAAUUCAUUGAUGGUUUUUACAGGAUACAGAUAAGAUUACAGUUGGAUAAACGGCCACAUAUAUUGCUUUGUCGAUUUGAUUUCCUUUUUUUGAUGUUGAUUGGGAUCGGAUACAGCAAGCGAAGAUGCAUUUCGAGAGUUUCGACGCUUCGCCGAUAUUUCGGCAACAAGAAAACAAGUUUCAAUUUGCAAAACUCGAUGAUUCGCCUAUGUUCCGCCAACAGAUCCAAGGUUUGGAAGAAAGUGCUGAAGUAUUGAGGGAGAGAACUUCAAAAUUUUAUAAAGGAUGCCGAAAGUACACGGAAGGGCUUGGAGAAGGAUAUGACAGGGAGAUUGCAUUUGCAUGUGCUCUUGAAGCUUUUGGAGGGCAUAGUGAUCCAAUUUGUGCUGCUUUUGGAGGCCCUAUCAUGACCAAAUUCGCAAUUGCUUUGAGAGAAAUUGGAACCUACAAGGAAGUUCUUCGAUCAAAGGUAGAGCACAUGCUAAAUGAUAGGUUACUACAAUUUGUCAAUGUUGACUUGCCUGAUGUCAAGGAAGCUCGGAAGCGUUUUGACAAGGCUAAUGCUAUAUACGACCAGGCGCGUGAGAAGUAUCUAUCAUUGCGGAAAAGUACUAGGAUGGAUAUAGCUGCUGCCAUAGAGGAGGAACUUCACAAUGCAAGAUUGACGUUUGAGCAAGCACGCUUCAAUUUGGUUGGUGCUCUUGCUAAAGUUGAGUCAAAAAAGAGGUUUGAGCUUUUGGAGAUUGUUAGUGGUACAAUGGAUGCUCAUCUUCAUUACUUCAAACAGGGAUACGAGCUAUUGCAUCAACUGGAACCUUAUAUCAACCAGGUUUUGGCUUAUGCACAACAAUCAAGAGAAAGUUCCAGGUAUGAGCAGGCAACACUUAAUGAGAGGAUCAAAGAGUACAAAAGGCAGGUUGAUCGAGAAAGUAGGCAGUCCUUGAUUCUUUCUCAUAUUUCCCCCAAUGGAGAUGCUAGGAAGCCAUUCCCCAGAAGUUCUCAUAAAGAGAUAAAGGCGGUGAUGCAGUCUGCUGCAGAAGGAAGGGUUCAAACCAUCAAACAAGGAUACCUCUCAAAACGUUCCUCCAAUUUGAGGGGUGACUGGAAGAGAAGAUUUUUUGUUCUUGAUAAUCGAGGCAUGCUAUACUACUAUCGCAAACAAUGGAGCAGGCCCUUUGGAGGUGGGAGUCAACUUCCUGCACACAGGAACAAUGCCUCUGAAGCUGGUUCUGGGCUGCUGAGUCGGUGGCUGUCGUCUCAUUACCACGGUGGUGUACAUGAUGAAAAAGCUGUCGCACGCCACACUGUGAACCUGCUGACAUCAACAAUUAAGGUUGAUGCAGAUCAGUCAGAUUUGAGGUUCUGCUUCAGGAUAAUUUCACCAACAAAGAACUAUACUUUGCAGGCAGAGAGUGCACUGGAACAAAUGGACUGGAUCGAAAAAAUAACUGGAGUGAUUGCUUCAUUGUUGAGUUCCCAGGCACCUGAGAGGCGUUUGACUGCUAGUCCGACGGUAACUGGUUGUCAUGGAUCUCUCAGCUAUAGUAGUUCCAUUGGAAGUUCCUCUGAUUUUGGUCAAAGGGCAAUUGGACAACAUCUGGCUGAUGACCUAAGCUCUAGGAAUUUGGUUCGUGCAUCUAGAAGUUUACAACAGCUACCGUACAGUGAAAAAAGUGAGAAGUCACUUGAUGCUUUAAAAAGAGUGCUUGGAAAUGAUAAAUGUGCUGAUUGUGGUGCACCCGAACCAGAGUGGGCUUCUUUAAACCUAGGCGUGAUUAUCUGCAUUGAAUGUUCCGGUGUUCAUCGUAACCUUGGGGUGCAUAUAUCUAAAGUAAGGUCGUUAGCACUUGAUGUUAAAGUGUGGGAACCUUCUGUAAUCAAUUUGUUUCAGGCACUGGGUAAUACCUUUGUGAACUCAAUAUGGGAGGGGUUGUUACCUGCACAAAGAACUUUUCAGGCUGAUGAAAUACCUAUCAAGUUUUUUGAGUAUGAUAAAAAACAGUUUUUUAGCAAGCCCAGCCAUGAUGCUCAUAUUUCAAUAAAGGAGAAGUUCAUUAAUGCAAAGUAUGCAGAAAAACGUUUUGUUCACAGAGGAGAGGACAAUCAGCACCUUCUUUCAGUGGCACAACAGUUGUGGGGAAGUGUCCAUGCUAAUGACAAGAAAGCAGCUUAUCGCCUUAUUGUGACUUACGAAGCAGAUGUUAAUGCCAUCCAUGGGCAAGCUUCAUCUGGUACAUCAUUAAAUUUGUCCAAAGCAAUGCAAUGUCAAGCGCACGGAGAAAGUCCUGAUGCCUACUUCGACUGCUUAACUGAUUUAACGGAUUCCUCGAGCUCUUUUUCUUCAGUUAGAGAAAGCAAAGAUGAGUUCAUAGCUGAAUUUCUUGAUGAUGAAUUUCUUGACGGCUGUUCCCUACUUCACCUUGCCUGCCAAGCUGCUGAUAUUGGCAUGGUAGAGUUGCUCCUGCAGCAUGGUGCAAAUGUAAAUGCUUCUGAUUCAAGAGGGCAGACACCACUGCAUCAUAGUAUUAUCAGAGGAAGAAUUGCAAUUGCAAAACUUCUUCUUACUAGGGGAGCUGAUCCACAUGCUUGUGACAGAGAAGGUAAAACACCUCUUCAGCUUGUCACGGAAACUUGUGACGAUAUUGAAAUCCUUGCUCUCUUGAAAAACCCGAACAGAUAGCAUUGUGUACGAUAUUGAUCACUUUAAGGCUGCCCAUUUAGAAGUCUUGGAAUGGCAUGGAGGAUUUUGACCAUUUGAAGUCUCGGUAAGGAAAGAAAUGAUUUUUGUAUCAAAAUGAAACCCCGCUAGACAGGAAUGGCCAAUAUUAGUUGGGGAUUCAGAGGAGUUGGGCUACUUUGCAAUGUGGGGGUGAUGUGCAUAUUCCGAUUUCAAACACCCACAAUUUACCUCUGGAUUGAGAGCUUUGGCAGGCUGUGUUUGUAAUAAUAUGUAAUAUAUUUAUAUAUUACAUUUGAUUUAUUCUUUUACUGGUGAGGGUAUUUGGGAGGUGUUGUAAAAUUAAAUGGUUAAUUCUAUGAUUGUACAUACAUGUCUUCUGCUGUUUAAAUCUGAGAGGGAAAAGCUUCAUUUGGGUCAUGAUUCUAUGUAUAAUGAAGCUGAAAUGUUGUUUUCUAAAAUUUAAUUAUAAUUAGCUCAAAAGGCACAAGGUUUGACAACCA